GGUUACACUUCUAGCCACUGGCUUCACAUUUCUAAGACAUCCGCUAGUCCAGUGGAACUUGGACGUGAUCGGCUCGCCAGGACUUGUUAAGUGUUUACCUUGGACCUACUUGAUCACGUGUUCAGCUAGUGAGUUUGAUCGUGAAAUAUCUGAAGUGGCAGCUCGAAAUAGGUUGUAAAUAUACACACACACACACACACACAAAAUAACAACUAGGUCUAGAUCUAUCUACUAGGAGACCAAGACCAAAUUGUACACAUUCCUGUAGUGUAAGUGUGUACCUCCGUUUCAAAAUUGAAUUUUUGUCAUUUUCUAGUUGGAACUAAAACAUUCAUUUAAGACAUCAAAACGUCAAGUGGUGAUUUGUUUUAAAACAAACAUUUGGCUGUGGGGCAGAUGUUUGUGUGGCACACGGUUAACUAGGGUGUCAUGUAGCCAGCACAACGACCAACAGCCUUUACAUUUCCCCAACUGAUGUCAGGUAUCCAUUAUGGCUGGAUGGAUUCAGAGGCGCCCAAAGAUCCCAAAAUAAAAAAUCCCAGUCUUCAUCAGGAUUCGAGCCCGGGACUUUUAAUUUGAGAUGUGUAAGAAACGAGUCUAAAGAAAAUGUCAUCAGCACGAGUCAUGGUGUAGCAGAUCAAGACAGAGCCUAGGAAAUGAGGAGACAGUCCCUAGAACAGAGGGCCAAAGUCAAAGAAAAGGCUGUUGGAGUUGUGGACUAGAUCAGAAAUAAACGUAUCGAAGCCUAACUUCCUGUUGAGAUGUUGUAGUGUGAGACUGAUGUCUGUCCUGAGCUUGGAAUAGUCUGAAGCUCAGAAUAGUCAGGCUGUGUUUGUGUAUAUAGAUGAAAGCGGAAUCCCCAGGGCAAUGUUGCUAAGCACAACGCUAGUAGGACUUCAGCUUGUGAUGCUGAUGCUGACACCAAGGAUAGAGAGCAAAAGCUCCAGCGAAGAACAACAAAGGUUCAAAAUCUGGCUGGCCAAGAAAGCGUGUGAUGAGCUCUUACUGAAUGCUACAAAGCCAGACGAUGGAGGGCUGUACUGUCCUCCAGUUUGGGAUAAUAUCAUGUGCUGGCCGAACUAUACUAAAGCUGGACAGACGGUUGGCCAAAACUGUGCUAGUUACAUCACUGGCUUUCUAACCACAGCCAAGGCCUGGCGUUACUGCGAAGAAGACGGUAGAUGGCAGAGACAUCCAGACGACAGAGUGAACAGCUCCUGGACCAACUUUACCUUCUGCCAUGAAUCUGAUGUCCCUCAGGUUUUGCUAAACAUGUACAACAUAAGGAAGAUCUCGUCUGCUGGUUACUCAGUGUCCCUGGUCUGUUUGGUUGUAGCCACCUCGAUUAUGGUUUUUCUGAAGAGAUUACACUGUCAAAGAAACACAAUCCACAUCAACUUGUUUAUCUCAUUCAUACUGAGAGCAGUUCUCUCCCUUCUUGUUGACAGUGUGCUCGAGAACGGAUUUCUGCCUAAAGACGUGAUCGUUCGUAAUGAUGGGAUCAAGAUCUUUGAUGAGAGUGGACCGCACUGGGAGUGUAAACUCUUGACUACACUACACCAGUACUCUCUAGGUGUCAACUACAUGUGGAUCUUCGUGGAGGGUCUCUAUCUCCACACGUUGGUCUUCUUCUCUGUCUUCUCCCAGUCCAAGAAGUUCUUCAAGAUCUACAUCAUCAUCGGCUGGGUGUUUCCACUCCUCAAUGUCAUUGCUUGGGUGUUGGUCCGGAUCUACGCCAAUAAUACUUUUUGUUGGAAUACCCACGACUUUGGCUACUACUGGAUCUUGAACGCACCAAUUGUUAUCUCUAUUAUAAUUAAUUUUAUUUUUUUCCUCAACAUCAUACGAAUGCUGUUUACCAAAAUCCGGAACACCAAUUCAGGAGACCCUGGUCGUUACAAAAAAUUGGCCAAGUCAACGCUUGUGUUGAUCCCACUGUUUGGAGUUUAUUAUAUUUACUUCAUCAUAGUCACCUACCACAAAGAUUACCAUUUCUCAGUCAUACAUCUAUACAUGGAAAUGACCCUCAAUUCAUUUCAGGGUACAGUCAUCGCUUUUUUGUUUUGUUUUCUAAAUGGUGAGGUUCGUGCGGAGAUCAUGAAGAAAUGGAACCGUCAUUGGCUGAGACGACAAAGUGUAGUGUCCAGCAGAUCUUCCAGGGCCUUCUCUACAACAUCCUUCUACAUCGGACGGGAUCGUGCCAGUGUCUCCCAGGGACCCGGCCUGCCUGAUAUUUUAUACAGGGACGGCUUCGCCGUGACACCGCCCAGCUCCCCCUCGAAUAACAACAACGCAAGCAAGGUACAUAAGGUCGCCAGCAUGCCGAAGAUGCCUUUCUGGAGCACCAGUUUGCCCAAGCCUAUCCCACGCGUGGCGAGUUCGCCGAAAGUGACAUUUAGCUGUUCGGAAUUCAUCACGGACAAUGUCAACCUGUCCGUUGGCGGUUCAAGUCCGAAAAUGAAGAAUGGAAUACUGACCAACGGAGUGACCAGGGGAAAUUCUGACGAGGACGAAAAAAAGACUUUACUUACAAACGGUUCGCCUCCAUCCCGAAAGGACUCUAUUGACUCCAAUGGGCACAGGGUUCAGAAAGUUCGGGAGUCUGUUUCACCAAUGUUAAGAGGCGGAAACAGUGAAGGAUCCCCGCACAUGUCUCACGUUUGCAGCGCCCCUGUCUUGCCUCCACUGUUAGAUGAAGACGAAGAGAACUCGGAGACCACUCAGAUGCUGUAAAAGACAUUUAGGCAGAAGCUGUGCUAUGAUUAAUAGUGUCGCGAACAACCCGCAGCUCGAGAACCACUUCUCUGUAGUUACAACCUAUUGAUUGAACACCGUGUGUUGUAUUCAUGAUCUGGUUUAUACCGAACACUUGCUUAAACUUAAAUCCUUCCGCGAAGUUCGGCGCUUUGGGCUGCAAACUGUCUCCAUAGAAAUUGGUCACUGUACUUCCAUGGAGGUGAGGCGCCAUACGAGGGCGUCCCUGUUACAGGAACACAAAAAUUAGAAAAAUGAAAUCAUGAAUAGUGCUGUGUGUGUGUGUUUAGUGAACGAUGACGUAAUACUGAAUGUCUUUCAUAAAAUAGUGUAUUUCAUCUAUGCUUUCAUCCAUCUUGGCAUCCAUCCAUCCAUUCAUUCAUCCAUCCAUCCAUCUAUAUCUACAACCGAACCUAGAGUCUUUAUCCAUCACAUUGAAUCCAGUAAUGUUUAUCAUAUAUUUAUCCACAUAUUUUAGUUAUGUUUCACUAUCCAUUUUGUGCCAAAACCAUUUAGUUGGGGAUAUGUUAUGAUUCACGUAGCCUAUGUUGACAAUGCUAGAGUUAUAGCAACAAUACUCAGUUUGUUUACUCUUUAAACCACAGUGAUAUUGACGAUGUCAUAAAGACUUCAGAGCCUAGGGUCAAGUAAAUCAUUCAGUUCUACUUGUAUACAUACAUAAAUAGUUACUCAAACAGGCAAUAUUCUUUACUUAAAAAUAUAGCAAGACUUUUAUGAUUUAUUUUAAUUAAAUUUCGUUUUAUAAUACAACAGGAGAUUCUUUAACUACAGAACUUUUCCGGUGCUAAGUUAAGCAGUCACUAUUAAUUUUCUACAAGUUUAUAAUCAGCUAAACAACAACCUAUUUUUUUAAAUAUAGAUUAGAGGAUCGGCGCACAUAUAUGUUGUGACAUAACGAAAUACAAUAGUAUAAUUUAUCGGGGAGGGUUACAUUCCUAGUAUAAUAAGAGUUCUAUGGACGGGAGGCUAUUCAGUCUGGAAUCCACUCUUCAAUUUGUGAAACAAGAAAAACAUUUUUUUUUAAACUCUUUGAAAAAACAACAACAACAAACAACAAAGAUUUUACGAAGUGUAAUUGUAUCAAUUAGUUUGUGUCAGUCAUAGAAUUAAAUUUGUAAUUGAUCUAGACCAACAACAAUAAAUCUGAGCGAUUAGAAAUAUUUUGACCAAUUGUUUUUGUUGAGCACUAUUUCACGCUUUCAGCUUUCUCACUACGUUCUGAUCCUAGCACUUCUCUGACCCAGUUGGGAAAAUGGGUUGGGGGUGGGGGAGAAAAAAAUGGUUAUCUGGGUGAUAUCUACCGUAAUCGGUUUUUAAAAACAUUUACAAAAAAAAAAGGGGGGUGGAGGACGACCUAAAUUUGAAUUCAUUGCUCACGUAUCCUCAAGCCGGCACACUAACCACUUUGGUAGUGAGGUGCUUAUAACUAUAAAAUAUUGUAUAGUUAUGUAUUGUUAAAGCGGCAACCUAUAAUUGUGACUAAUUUAGCUAAUACCAACACUUCCGUCAAGUACACUUUCUUUCCCUUGUAAGCGAUAACAAACAAAAUAAUUGAUUACCAAUAGUUAAAUAAAUAAUUGGUAAAUUUUGUUCAUUGAUUUUGCGCUGUUAGAUAGAAAAAAACAUUCAUCUUGAUCGAAGAUAGGGUGUUGGAGAAAUAACGUAUACAAACUUUUUACAAGUCAGAGAGACAAACACAGUGAGCUGAUAUAAGUUUUGUAAAAAAAAAAAGAAAGGGUCUAGGCAGUCUAGGGUAUGACAUCAAUGUCCGAUUAUCGAAGUUAGAAUAGAAUCUACAAUGGCACGAAGUUUAUCAAAUGAUAAGAGGAAAGUAAAUGGUUUGUAAAAGAGUGAGGGUGUAUAGAUCCCGGAAAUAUUACAUACAUACAUACAUACAUACAUACAUACAUACAUACAUACAUACAUACAUACAUACAUACAUACAUACAUACAUACAUACAUACAUACAUACAUACAUACAUGCAUUCAUAAAUUCAUACAUACAUACAUACAUACAUACAUACAUACAUACAUACAUUCAUAAAUUCAUACAUACAUACAUACAUACAUACAUUCAUAAAUUCAUACAUACAUACAUACAUACAUACAUAUUAAAUUACAGGAUUCGCCCACGAGCAAUGUGAUGAAGAAGAAAAGAUUUGAGUUUUUCUAACCAAGUUAAGUGUACACAUAUUUGUUGAAUGUCUUGGAUAAUGAAAUAUCGAACAGAUGUUAGAGGAAAUAGCAAGUACUAAUAGUUUCAUAUUUUACAGAUUUUAUUGUGUGAUCUGCGCAUGCGUGCUUAACUCUGAUCUGAGUGUGUGUGUGUAAAAUAUGACCAAUGAAUAUUCCAUCGCUAAACGCAAUGUGUUUUGAUUUAAAGUGCCCCACUAGAACAUAGCGAACACAGUGUACAUCCUAAAUGUCUUGAAAGAUUUCAUCCUUCAAUAUGUUACAGCGAGCUCAGCAUGUAUUCCACCCAAAGUUUUGCCAUUGAUACAAUUUGAACAACAUUGGUUAAAAAUAAACAAGUCAAAGAAAACUGAUCCGUCCAAAAAACAAGUUUCAUAACCUCUGAUCACAAAACAAGGCAACGUUGUAUUAUCUUAUGUGUACACUUUGCUAAAUGCUUUUAGUUUUUCUUAUUUAGUUAUAUAUUUAUAUCAAUCUAGUAUUUAUUACAUUGUUGUUGUAUGUUUAUUUCUUAUGAACGUGCUAUAUUUCAAAUACACUUUAUAGUACUACUUACUUCCAAAGUGUCGUGUUGUAAUGUUAUAUGGAAUACGCUUGACUAAAAACUAAAACUGUAUGGUCAUAUCCAGUGGCUUAGCAAGGUACCCGUAAGGCCGAGUUCAAGAAUACGAUGUUAGGCCUCCUCCAGUAAACUGAGGGUGACUGAAACCAAACUGAGCAAUACUGUAUUUAAUGUGAGAAUACAUUUCCAAGAAAACAACACAUAAGACAGACAGCAUACAACAGACAACAUACGACAGACAACAUAUGGCAGACAACACACGACAGACAAGACACGAUUGACAACACACGACAAGCAAGACACGACUGACAACACACGACAGACAACACACGACAGACAAGACACGACUGACAACACACGACAGAUAAGACACGACAGAUAACACAUGACAGACAACAUACGACAGACAACACUCGAAAGUGGGCAACAGGAACGAAGUCCUCAGACUCCGAGUCAUUUGAAAAAUAAUGUCAUUGGUCAACCAUGUCUUUUGCAAGGACUCCGAGUCAUUUGAAAAGUUAAUGUCAUUGGUCAACCAUGUCACUUGCAAGUCAUUUGAAAAGUUAAUGUCAUUGGUCAACCAUGUCACUUGCAAGGACUCGAGUCCCAUGCUAAAUCUUCAUAUAUAUUAAUCUGUUUUUUGACGCAGCAAGUAUAGUAACCAGUAGAAAUCGUUUGGACAAGCUCCUCACAAUAAAACAAAUUUCUGAAGGCCUCCCACAGCGCCAUUAUCCUUACAUCAACGUCACAGCUUUGAAG